AGCGGUGGGAUAUAAAAGGCUUGUGCGGAGGAAGAAAAGUAAGAGAGAUCUGAUGGCGCUAGAGUGGGUUGUGCUAGGGUACGCCGCGGCCGCAGAGGCCAUAAUGGUCAUUCUCCUGACCAUCCCGGGGCUGGACGCUCUCCGAAAGGGUCUGGUCGCUGUGACCCGGAACCUGCUGAAGCCGUUCCUCUCGGUUGUUCCCUUCUGUCUGUUCCUUCUCAUGGACAUAUAUUGGAAGUACGAGACUCGUCCAAGUUGUGAGGCAGAUUCCUGCACCCCGUCGGAGCACCUUCGCCACCAGAAAUCCAUCAUGAAGAGCCAGCGCAACGCCCUCCUCAUCGCCGCCGCUCUCCUCUUCUACUGGCUCCUCUACUCCGUCACCAACCUCGUCGUCAGGAUCGACAACUUGAACCAGCGUCUCCAACGCUUCAAGAAUCGCGAUUGAGAUAAUUCGGUUAUUCCAUCCAUCCUUCCCUCCGAUAUACACCUCCACUUUCUGUCUUCUUCUUUGUCUUAGGAACCAUCUAUUUCUAUCACCUUUUUUGUUGUGUCUACCUCGUCGUUCUCUUAUAUCAUAGGAAAAACACCGUUUCUAUUAUUGUUGAGUGUUACUUUGAUUUUGCGCAUUGUUAUGAUUUGUUGUUAUUGCUGUUUAUUGACGUGAGAAUGCCCGUAUUGGAAGUCUGUUCUGUUACUUGAAAUUUGACAUGGUUGUAAGAGAAUUAUCAAAAUUUCAACCUCAAUUUGUUGAUUGUCAACAACUUCAGCACAUUAAGUUAGACGUGCAUUGAAUCCGGUUAUUUAGUUAUAAGGAGUUCGAGCAUCUUGCUAUCAAUUUCUCUUUUCAAGUUCAUAGAGCUGUCAAAUUAGGGAAAGGGAUCUCUAGCAUUGCAUGGUUGAAUAAAGAAUAGAUAACCUGACAAAGCAGGGGUUAAUGUAAGCAGAUUUUCUCUUAACGUAAUUCUUUUAUCUUGUUUUUGAACUCAA